CCUCCCUUAGCCUUCUUUCUAGUUUAACAAUCUUCUUACUCUCUCUCCAUUUCAAUCCACAAUGGCAAUCACUUCAUUGAUUCUCUUAACCAUAAUCCCUCUCUUUCUCCUCUUAAGCCUCACCCACGCCGGAAUCCCUGGCGUUUACUCUGGCAGCUCUUGGCUAACCGCUCACGCCACUUUCUACGGCGGCAAUGACGCUUCCGGAACCAUGGGUGGCGCUUGCGGAUACGGGGAUUUAUACAGCCAAGGGUACGGAACAAACACGGCAGCGCUAAGCACAGCGUUGUUCAACAGUGGCCAAAGCUGCGGGGCAUGCUUUGAAGUUAAAUGUGUCAAUGAUCCCAAAUGGUGUCACCCGGGUAGUCCUUCCGUCUUCGUAACCGCAACCAACUUUUGCCCUCCAAACUUAGCCCAACCUAGCGACAAUGGCGGCUGGUGCAACCCGCCACGUGCUCACUUCGACCUUGCAAUGCCCGUUUUUCUCAAGAUCGCUCAGUAUCGCGCCGGCAUUGUCCCCAUCUCUUACCGCAGGGUGGCAUGUAAGAAGAGUGGAGGGAUAAGGUUCACGAUCAACGGCCACCGUUACUUCAACUUGGUACUGAUCACGAACGUGGCGGGAGCAGGAGACAUCGUGAAGGCGAGCGUGAAAAGUUCAAAGAGUGGUUGGAUGGGUUUGACUAGGAACUGGGGACAGAACUGGCAGUCAAAUGCCGUUCUUGUUGGUCAGUCACUUUCUUUCCGUGUCACAUCCAGUGACCGCAGAACCUCUACUUCAUGGAACAUCGUUCCUUCGAACUGGCAGUUUGGACAAACCUUUGUCGGAAAGAAUUUCAGAGUCUAAAGUGAAUCGAUGAAAUCAAUACAUACGAAGUGGUAGAAACAAAUUAAGAAACCUCACUUUCAGAUUUCGAACAUCUUUGUAUUUUCUGUUAAUGUUUUUUUUUUAAUAUACUGUGAUUUGGAAUGUAAUUGGGAGUUAUAAGGUGGUGUGGUGUGGUAAUAGGGGAGUGUGAUUAAACGAGAAGCUGAAGUGGCUGUUGCAAAAAUUGUAAACAGCCCGCAGCUCUUAAUUUACAUGGUUUGCUUGUAAUG